AUGGCUCAUGAGGUUUAUGUAUGCUUUGCCUGUAAGACAAAGACUUUCUCCCUGAGAUCAAUAUGCUGAUCUUUAUGCAAGGAUUGGUUCAUGAGAAUAAUUAAUCCUGCAAUGUCAGAUAUCCUUGACAUGCGUGAGGUAUACGUUGCUACAACUUUCCCAAAGUAUCUCUUGACUAACGAUGCGUUCAGAAAUUGGCCAAUCAGGUCGAAGACAUCCGACAGAAGAGAGACGAGUCGUACUUGAAUUCUGGCCACCGGACUGUAUUCCAUGAUCUCCUCCUGAGUAAAUUGCCCCAGGCCGAGAAAUCGCAGUCUCGUCUUUGCGAUGAAGCUUUCAGUCUAGUGACUGCUGGGUCGGGAACAUCGUAAGAGAUCCCCUUCUUCCCAGAUCUGCGUGUGACAUAGUGAGCUAACGAAUUGGUACCCGCAAAGCUCUUGUUGUCAAGUCACUCUCAUACUUCAUUGCGGCCAACCCUGGUGUGCAACAAAAACUACUUAAUGAGCUCAAGGAAGUCAUGCCAAGACUAACCGAUCACGCUUCUCUCCAGCAACUCGAAAACCUCCCAUAUUUGGACACUGUCACUAGAGAAGGGCUCCGCUUAGGACAUUCGGUGACACAUCGGCUGUCUCGAACUUUUUCAGAAAAAGCCUUGCAAUACCGUGGUCAAGUUAUACCGCCGGGAACAAACGUAAACAUGACUCAUAUUUUCAUCCACGAGAACGAAGAGUUAUUUCCAGAUCCAAUGGUCUUUCGCCCGGAGAGAUGGUUGAAGAACAAGGACCUCCAUCGCUAUCUCCUGCCAUUUUCAAAAGGUCCCAGAUCUUGCCUGGGCAUUAAUCUCGCGUGGGCAGAAUUGUUCCUCAUCGUAGGAACGGUGUUUCGAAGAUUCAAUUUUGACAUAGAGAUGGUUUCUAGAGAGCGGGACAUUGAUACAGCAAAGGACGUUGUUAUGUUAGUUCCAAGAGUGGACUCACCUGGAGUGUUGGUCAAAAUUCUUCAAAAUGAAGAAUGA